CCUUUAAAAACUACAAGCCAGAGAUUCACUCUUACAUUUAAAAAAAAUGGCUUCUUGUUGUUCUUCACUCUGCUCACUGAAGACUAUCUUCAUCUUCUUCGUCCUCUCCGCCAUACCCGUCGCCUACCUCGUCUCCCUCGAGCUCGACACCCCGGCCAACCCCGUCUUCUUCUACCGUGGCCAAGGCUGGUUCCGCGAGUGCGCCAAGUGGGACGAUCACCACCGUCGAUUCCUAAUCUCCUCCUUCUCCGGCAUCGUGUCUCAGCUCACAGUCCCAGACGAUCACUCUCCGGAGACUGUUUUAAACGAAGUUCAGGUGAUCAAAGAUGCUGACUUGGCUGGUAACGCCACUCUCGGACUCGUCAUUGACCGCCCUAGGAAUCGCCUCCUCGUGGUCGGCGCUGACCUUAUGGGGAACCGUUACGCUGCUCUGUUCGCCUAUGAUUUGACUACGUGGAAUCGCCUCUUUCAUACUCAGCUCAGUGGUCCAAAUGACGAGAAAUCCUUGGCGGAUGAUGUGGCAGUGGAUGCAGAGGGGAAUGCAUACGUUACUGAUUGUCUAGGUAGUAAAAUUUGGAAAGUUGGGGUGGAUGGAAAGUUCAUUUCCAUCAUAAGAAACCCUCUCUUCACUACCACACAGUGGUACAAGAACUUGGUUGGACUGAACGGAAUUGUUUACCACCCAGAUGGGUUUUUGAUCGCCGUUCAUACCUUCAGCGGAAAUUUGUUGAAGAUUGACUUGGCAAAAGGAGAGGAAGUGAAGUUGAUCAAGGUAGCUGGAGGUCCACUCACUUUUGGAGAUGGCCUUGAGCUGCUUUCUCCAACUAAGCUCGUGGUUGCCGGGCGACCUUCUGCUAGACUAGUUGAGAGCUCUGAUGGGUGGGAAACUGCCUCAGUCGUGGCCACCUUUUCUGGCCCAAAGCGCAGAAUGGCAUCAGCUGCAACUGUUAAGGACGGGAAGGUGUACCUGAACCACCUUUUUGGUCUGGGCUUCCCUAAGCCGAAGCAUGCUAUUAUUGAAGCAGUUUUCUAAACUUGGGUGGGAGUAACAGAGGAAAACAGUGGGGUGUGAAUUAUGAUGUAUUUGAAUUUAGAUGUAUCUUUGAUGGUGUAUUGUUUACCGAAUUUUGAUUUUUAUAAUUAUUAUAUCAGCUAAUAAUAUUGUUAUUUCUUUGAUCA